UCCGCAGCGGGGGCAGGCGCCGCGGAACGCCGGGGGCUCGGCGGCCAGCGCCUAGAUUGGGGCGCGCUUUCAGCACCGGGGCGCUGGACAGCGCCCGGCGGGCGGCGGGCGAGGAGCGCGGCUCCGCGGCAAGGUCAGUCCGGCGCGGAGCCGCGCACAGCAGCAGCCUCCGCGGGCACCGCUGCGCGCUCCGCCUGCUCCUCUCGACCAUGCAGCGGCGGCUGGCGGCAAGCACCGCUCCCGUGCUGGUGAGACAGCCCGGCCCGCAGACCUCCGCUUAGCUGCCCGGGAAGCGUCAGGGAGAGGGAUCGAGGAGAAGGAAUUUUUUUCCUUCCACUUUUUUUUUUUUUUUUUUUUUUUUUUUUUUUUUUUGCGUGCCUUGCAGUACGUGCCUGGAGAGUUUGUGGAUAUAAUUAUUGACUGGAAUCUGGGCUGCUGCAGAUGUAUGUGGGGGGGGGGAGAGAGGAGAAAAGAAAGAGUUCCCCCCCCUCUCCACCGACCCUCCCUGCUUCCCCUCCCCACAUUUUUUCCCCCUUUGGUGUUGGUUUGGACAUUUUGUAUUGAAUGAACUGGAAUUGCUUUCCGUGUGAGAAGGAUGGUUGCUGUUACUUUGUGAUGAGAUCGGGAAUGAAUUGCUCGGUUUAAAAAUGCUGCUUUGGAUUCUGUUGCUGGAGACGUCUCUUUGUUUUGCUGCUGGAAACGUUACAGGGGACGUUUGCAAAGAGAAGAUCUGUGCCUGCAACGAGAUAGAAGGGGAUUUGCACGUAGACUGUGAGAAAAAGGGAUUUACCAGCCUGCAACAUUUCACCGCCCCAACUUCCCAGUUUUACCAUUUAUUCCUGCAUGGAAAUUCCCUGACUCGACUUUUCCCUAAUGAGUUUGCUAACUUUUACAAUGCAGUCAGUUUGCACAUGGAAAACAAUGGUUUGCAUGAGAUUGUUCCUGGGGCUUUCCUGGGGCUGCAGCUGGUGAAACGCUUGCACAUAAACAACAACAAGAUCAAAUCAUUCAGGAAGCAGACUUUCCUGGGGCUGGACGAUCUGGAAUACCUCCAGGCAGAUUUUAAUCUAUUGCGGGAUAUUGACCCAGGAGCAUUUAGGGACUUAAACAAACUAGAGGUGCUGAUUUUAAAUGACAAUCUUAUCAGUACCUUGCCCCCCAACGUGUUUCAGUAUGUGCCGAUCACCCACCUCGACCUCCGGGGAAACCGUCUUAAAACCUUGCCUUAUGAGGAGGUUCUGGAGCAGAUCCCAGGCAUUGCUGAAAUCCUGCUAGAGGAUAACCCCUGGGACUGUACUUGCGAUCUGCUGUCAUUGAAGGAAUGGCUGGAAAACAUACCCAAAAAUGCUUUGAUCGGCAGAGUGAUUUGUGAAGCUCCCACUAGGUUGCAGGGCAAAGAUUUAAAUGAGACCACUGAGCAAGAGCUGUGCAAAAAGAACAGAGUGGAUUCUAGUCUAGCUGCUCCCCCUGCUGAAGAAGAAACCUGUGAUCCUGGUCCCAUUCCAACCCCCUUUAAAAUACAUGGCAAAGAAGACCCUGCCACACCAGGAUCUGGUCCAAACGGAGGUACAAAGAUUCCUGUCAACUGGCAAAUCAAAACUAGACCCACUGCUGCUGUGUCAACUGUUAGUGUGAAGAGCAAGCAACCAGCUAUCUUGUCCUGCCCUCAGAUCUGCAGCUGUGAUCAGAUCCCUGGAUCAGGAUUAAAGGUUAAUUGCAAUGACAGGAAUGUAAGCAGCCUGGUGGAUUUGAAGCCUAAGCCGUCCAAUGUGCAGGAGCUGUUUUUGAGAGACAACAAAAUACACACCAUCAGGAAAUCCCACUUUCUGGAUUACCGAAAACUUAAUUUACUUGAUCUGGGAAACAACAACAUAGCCACUGUUGAGAACAACACCUUCAAGAACCUCUUUGAUCUCCGAUGGCUGUACAUGGAUAGCAACUACUUAGAUACCCUCUCUCGGGAGAAAUUCACUGGGCUGCAAAACCUGGAGUAUCUGAAUGUGGAGUUUAAUGGGAUCCAACUGAUCAUGCCCGGCACCUUCAAUGCAAUGCCCAAACUCAGAGUUCUCAUCCUCAACAACAACUUAUUGAGGUCUCUCCCAGUUGAUGUGUUCGCCGGGGUCUCACUUUCCAAACUCAGCAUACACAACAAUUAUUUCAUGUACCUCCCAGUGGCAGGGGUGCUGGACCAGCUCACCUCCAUCACCCAGAUCGACUUGCACGGCAACCCAUGGGACUGUACUUGCCCUAUCGUGCCUUUCAAACAGUGGGCGGAAAUGCUGCGCCCCAAAGUGAUAAUGAGUGACCUGAGGUGCGAGUCUCCAGAAGAUUUCUUCAAGGAGGAUUUUGAGUCCCUCUCCAAUGACGUGAUUUGCCCUCAGCUAAAAAUAUUGCCCACCUUAAGUUCUACCAACAAAAACAGCACUGGGGUUGCAGAGACAGGUACUCACUCCAACUCCUACUUGGAGACCAGCCGGGUCUCCAUUUCGGUGCUAGUGCCAGGGCUGCUGCUGGUUUUUGUGACCUCUGCUUUCACAGUGGUUGGCAUGCUGGUAUUCAUCCUAAGGAACAGAAAACGGUCCAAGAGGAGGGAUGCCAACUCAUCUGCAUCUGAGAUCAACUCCUUGCAGACUGUUUGUGACUCAUCCUACUGGCACAACGGGCCCUACAGCACCGAUGGGGCCCACAGGGUUUAUGACUGUGGUUCCCACUCCCUGUCGGACUGAGGAGGUGGGUGGGGCGGAGGUGGCUGCUGCCCAGGCUGACCCUGCGCUAUCCCAGUGAUGGAGAGGCAAAUGCCAGCAGGGACGGCUCUGCACCUCAGCUACCUUUUGUGAGAAAUGAAAAACACUUGCGCACUCCCCUGCGGCCCCCAGAGCAAGAGCCUUGCUCAGUACGUGUGGGGGGAGCCCGGCGGAGGGGCACGUCUCCCUACCAAGCGCUGCCGGGAUGGCAAUGGACGAGCAAGGACCUGCUUCCUUUGGCUCCAGCAGGGCGAACCAUGGCUCUUGGUUUUAUUGGGCUUUUGUUCUGUUGUGUUGGGGGUUGUUUUGCUUUUUUGCCCUCUUCCCUUUUGGAUGGACCCCUCCCUCCCUUGAGAGGCCAGGAAGAUGAGGGGGACGUAGGAAAGGCUGCUGUCAGCCUCCUCCUGACAAAACAGGAGUAGAAAGUUGCACGAAGGCAUGAAUGUAAUGUAAAUAAAUGACUGACUCUGAAACAGACAAAUGAAAAAAAAAAAAAAAAAAAGAAAAUUUAAAAAAAAACAACUGCUGCAUGGCUCGCAUGGAUACAACGCACCCCAGGGACGCUCCAGCCUGCAACUGGAAGCAGCGUCUAGUUCACACCAUCAUCCCUCUUACCUGAUAAGUCCCUUCGUAUCAAACCUUCUAUAUAAGAAAUACAGUAUAAUAAUAAAAGUGCCAUUUCGCCUUUUUUUUUUUUUUUUUUUUUUUUUUUUUGUGUGUGUGUGAUCAAUAGGCAGUAGAGAUCGUACUUUUACUGUGGGGAAAAAAAAACAAAAAAACAAAAAAACAACAUGUAAAGGUUUUAUUUAAUACAUAGUUGCAUGAAUAUUCUCAUUUGAUUUUUUUUUUUUUUUUUCUUGAUGUGGGAAUGGCUUUUCUUGGGAGAUGUUUUCUUUCUCAAUGGUGAUCUUUAGUUCUUUUAGAGGGAGGGGUAUGGAGGGAGGGGAAGCUUUGGCUUUGUUUUCUCUCUCUUCCUUUUCAGUAUACAUAUUCAGUACUGCCUUUCCAUUUGAAUGUAAAAAUUAGUACCCUUGAUUUCUAUUAUGGUAAUAGUGUAAACAUUAAAAAAAAAAAAAAAUCAAGGCAGUUAAGCAUGACCAAUUAAUGUCACUCUAGUACUUAGGCUGCAGAGUUUAAUGGUAGAAAAAUCUGUGCUGUUGUAAAUCUUACUAUAACUUGAGGAAAUUAGAACUGAGGAAGCAAGUAAAACUUACUAAUUCUACUUGAGGUUUUAUAAUGGCAUAUUUUUUCAGUAUUAAAGUGAAAAUGUUUUCAACUCUGGGUCCUUACCAUUUUUCCAGCAUCAGUUCUUGCAAGUGGGUUAUUUGGGUUUAGGGGAUAGAGCUUCCUUUCAGUGAUAUGUUUCUUCCUCCAUCUCUCCACAUCCAGCCCCCCUGCUUUCCUCUCUCCCUCUCUUCCUCUUUCUCAUUCAUUCACGUGCAGCGUCACAAACAGUCUUCCCCAAUGUAAAUAACACACACAGGUUUCUUGUCUCCCUUACUCCCUCCCACCCUAACCCUCUUUCCUCUCUCUCUCGUAAUGCGGCAGUGAAUCCCUUUAUUAAUACUGUGAAUCUCUCACUGCUGCUGCUGCUGCUGCUGCCACUGCCUCUGCUGCACACACUGCAGAUGUAUUAGGGAUGUUAGUGGGAAUUUGAUUUAAUUGACUCUGCCUACCUCGGUCUCAUUAAGCCAGAGCUGGAUUUCACUGGUCAGCACUUCAGGCCCUCACACAGCUUGCUGGACUGCCAGCGAGGUGAGGCUGCUGUGGGCGGCUGGAUUCCAGCUGCUGCUGGAGGUGGGAAAGCUAAUUAGCGAAAGGACUUUCCCAUCCCUGCUCUAGGUUUCUGAACCUUUAAUAUUAGAUGCUGAAAUAAACAAAGCAUAGGACUGCAGUUAGACUUCAGGCAGCUUGCACUUGAUCCUAUUCCGAUAUGGGAAAGUGCCCCGAAACCCAGUAAUAUCUGUAAAGGAGAAAGCCCUUGCAAAUCAUUUUUAACUCAGAGCUCAAGUCCCGGUGGAGAUAUGGAGAAUUUCAGUCACGUUGCUUCUGGCUUUCUCCAGGCAGAGAAUCCUUUUAAAGAGUAAAACACCAUAAGGGACUUGCUAAACUUCAAAUACUAAUUCGGUUUGCUUUAUAGAAAAUGCCCACCUUUGGGAUAUGCAAUAAGAAAAAAGACAUGCAUACAGAGACAUUGCAAUUGAUACACUCUUGAAAAUGAGGCAAAAGCCUGAUCCCAGGUGUUCAUGAAGUAUUAAAUGGGAGAAGAUCAUUCUUCCAGAAUCCUUUAUCAUUAUGGAAAAUUCUGCAUUCUGCUAGAAAAUACCUUAGUGUUUGAUUAUGCAGCUCUGGAAACAUACUGUCCUGUUUAAUUAUAUAAACCAUUCUGAUUUCAAGGACCCUUCUUUGUUUCCCCCUGCUUCUUUUCUGCACUGAUUUUCUGCCAGGACAUUCUAUGUAAGACAAAGUGAUGGCAGUAGAGUCACUAGUUUGCCAUUGUGCUUCCCUCCUACAUGUUUGAGAAGAAAAGGAAAAUGCGUUCACCCAAGAGUCAGUAUUUCUAUCAUUACGAGGCCAUCUGCUUUAACUUAAGCAUAGCCCAAAUAUAUUUAAGAAUAUGUCAGUACACCACUAGACUACCAUUUAUGUCUUGCUUGCCUUCCCCAUGCCACUGCAGUGAGAAAAUUGAAGAACAGAGCAGUCAGAAUACACCUCAUGCUAAAAAUUGUUAUGUUAGGUUGAUUCCUAUGGAAGUUAAAAGAGAUAGUAAAUUAAAGAUGCCAAAUCACUGGCUGAGGCAAGUCAUACACACACUGAAGAGACUAUAAUACUAAAUACAUGUGAUUAUGGUUUUUCCAUCACUGGGAUGUAGCAUGAACUUGUGACUUUUGUCUCCUACUUUCUUUAAAGAACUAUUUCAUUGGCACAAGUACAUAGAAAUGUCAAGUCAGCUGGGGAACUGAAGGUAUGCAUUUACGCAUGCUUCUAGGUUGAGGGUUGGAAGAAACAACAAAAUAACCCCUUUUAUUUCUGUGACAUGCUCUGAUUUUAACACUCACAUGAUUCAUUCUUCCAUCUCUCAGACACUUGCCCUUAAGAUAAAUAGAUCAUCUAAAUCUCUGAAUCUGUAUCAUGAUCAGGUUUGAAUUAUGAUAUUUAUCUUAUUUGUCUGAUUGACAUUUCAAGGUCAUUUUAUCAAAACAAAGCACCCAACUAAACAGAAAAAUAAACUUAAGAAUCAUAAAUUAAGCCAUAACACAUACCACAUUAAGUCACUUCUUACCUCUUCUUUCUUUUGUAA